ACGCACUCUAUCUUCAUUGGUCUCCUCUUGGUCAAUCUUGGAGGCGUCAUCGGUUGACUGAUACUACGUGCUUGGGAAACAAGCUAGCGAAAAGCAAACAAAGGCGGCAUUGCCCAUUGCGGAGAAGACGAAAGGCUGAUUUGCAUUUGCCUCUGAUAUAGGAGUAUUUGGGAACGCCUCGUCAGCGUCUACUCCUAUAUAUAAACGCAGUUGCUGCCUUGAUGUCCGUUGCUCACAGUUCGGUGCACUGUGCUUCUCGGUCUCUCGUACCAAGCUCCAAGUCCAAGCUAGCUAGCUGUCAGCUCUCACGGUCUCACCAGCACCCGCGAUGUCAUCCUCCUCGCCGCCACACGUCGUCGAGGACAUGCCCCAUGUCCUCCAGCUUCUCAGCGAUGGCACGGUGGUCCGGUUCGCCGACUACGACACGCUCCCUCCUCCGUCCGUGCCUCCCGCGCUGCCCGUCCAGUGGAAGGACGUCGUGUACGACGCCACCCACGACCUCAAGCUCCGCGUGUACAGACCGCCGCCGGACUCCUGCGGUAAUAACAAGCUGCCCGUGCUCGUCUACUUCCACGGCGGCGGCUACGUCCUCGGCACCUUCGCGCUGCCCAAUUUCCACGCCUGCUGCCUCCGCCUUGCCGCCGAGCUCCCGGCCGUCGUCCUCUCCGCCGACUACCGCCUCGCACCGGAGCACCGCCUCCCCGCGGCCCUCGACGACGCGGCGUCCGUCAUGGACUGGGUGCGCGCUCAGGCCGUCGACGCGGCGGGAGGGGACCCCUGGCUCGCCGAGUCGGCUGACCUCCGCCGGGUGUUCGUCACCGGUGACUCGGCGGGCGGGAACAUCGUCCACCACGUCGCCGUCCGCCUCGCCUCGGCAUCGGGCGAGCUCUCCCCCGGGCUCGACCCGGUGCGCGUCGCCGGGCACGUCAUGCUCUGCCCGUUCUUCGGCGGGGCGGAGAGGACGGCGUCCGAGGCGGAGUUCCCGCCCGGCCCGUUCCUGACGCUGCCGUGGUACGACCAAGCAUGGCGGCUGGCGCUGCCCCCGGGCGCCACGAGGGACCAUCCGUUCGCGAACCCGUUCGGUCCGGAGAGCCCCGCGCUGGGCGGCGUCGCGCUCCCGCCCACGCUCGUCGUGGCCGCGGAGCGGGACCUGCUGCGCGACCGCCAGGCGGACUACGUCGCGCGGCUCAAGGCGACGGAACAGCCCGUGGAGCACGUCGAGUUCGAGGGGCAGCACCACGGGUUCUUCGCCGUGGAGCCCGCCGGCGACGCCGGCAGCGAGGUGGUCCGGCUCGUCAGGCGGUUUGUGUAUGGCAACUCCUACUGACUGAACUGAUUGAGUUUGGGACUCUGGGUGCUCGGGCUUGAGCCUUGAGUCUGUCCCAUCAUGACCUUUGUUGUUAGCACGAGCACGAAGCACUCGUGUCAUGGUUAUAGUGAACGUUUUGUGUUCACUGGAUAAAAUGCUCAUCAAUAAUAGAUUUUUUUUUGAGAAAUUGCUCAUCAA